UGGCAUUUUGUGCUUGCUCCCGCGCGCAAUGUGAGUUUUCUGUGGGCACAAGGUGCAUUUGUUGUUGUUAGCGGUUCGCUUGUGCUGUCGUUGUCGUUGUCAUCGCUAUUGUUGUAGUUGUUGCUGGCAUCGUCAUUUGCUGUUUACUGUUAACUGUGUGUGCUUUGUUUUGCUUUGGGCAGCGGCUGCUGUCAUGUCUGUUAACGAUGACCACGAUCGCAAGUAUUUGCGCAGCAUUGGCGGCUUGUCCAAGAUCACCUGCCUGCUGUGUGGAUUCAUUGGAUUCCUGUGCAUUGUGUGCAGCUCGGUGCGUCUGAGCAAUUUUCGGGGCUGCUUCUACAUGAUCGUCGCGCUGCUUGGCUGCCUGACGACGCUGACGCUGCUCGUCUGUCGUUACCUGCGGCUCGGCCAGAGCUGGAGCUGCGAUGCGACGAUCUGGUCGCUUGGCGUGCACGCAACGCUGGCGCUGGCCCACUUUAUAGCCUCCGGUCUGGUGCUCGCGCUGGACAUCGGUGCCUACACGGCUGCAGCGUUCUUUGGUUUAACCGUAUUCAGCAUAAAUGGCCUGGAGGCUUAUUCCUGCUAUAAACGCAGUCGCCAGCGUCAUGUGGCUACACAAACGGUCUAGACCCACGCCUCCCACCGACCGCCCCUAUCCAGAGGCUGUUGUGGCAGGCGCUAUUUGUACUAUCUUAGGCUAGUCUCACUUGAAUGUGUGUGUGUGUGUGCGUGUAUGUUUUUAGUUGAAUAAAGUCUGAGUUUGCUAGUUAAGCCAAAAGUCACAUAA